AUGGGCACCGCCCGGCUGCGGUGGAGGCCAUUCACGGCCUCCUCACCGGCGUCCUCCGCGUCUUCGUCACCGUCCUCGUCGUUCACAACCACGGUGGACCCGCCGGCGGAGUUCCUCUGCCCUAUCUCCGGCACGCUCAUGGCCGACCCCGUCAUCGUCCCACCGGGCCAGACCAUCGAGCGUGCCUGCAUCCAGGCCUGCGCCGCGCUCGCCUUCUACCCGCCCGCCGUUGCCGGCCUCCCGUCGUCUCCCCUCGUGCUCAUCCCCAACGUCGCGCUCCGCUCCGCCAUCCUCAACUGGUGCGAGCGCCUCGGGCUGCCCCACCCUUCCCCUCUCUCCCUCGACACCGCCGGCGACAUCGUCCGCCGCCUCAUGCCGCCGCGCCAGGGGCAGAGGUCGCAGGUGAACUACGGGCCGCCCCCACAGCCACAGCCCUCCUCCGUCCGGACAAGAAACCGGUACAGCGUCGACUACAGCGCCGUUGACGACUUCGUGCCGGAGCCGAGGCAGACGGGCGGCUCGCUGGAGGAGGAGAUCAUGGCCGUGCUCGGCGCGGACGGCGCCAGCCCCGCGGAGCAGAAGGCGACGAUGGCCUCUCUGCGGCAGGCGACGCGGGAGAGCAAAGAGAUGCGGACGCAGCUCUGCACGCCGCGGCUGCUCGCCGCGCUCCGGCCGAUGCUGCUGUCCGCUGACGCCGGCAUCCAGGUCAACGCGGCCGCGGCCAUGGUGAACCUGUCGCUCGAGGCGGAGAACAAGGUACGGAUCGUGCGGUCCGGAGCGGUGUCGCCGCUCGUCGACGUGCUCCGGGUCGGCCACCCGGAGGCGCGCGACCACGCCGCCGGCGCGAUCUACAGCCUCGCCGUGGAGGACGAGAACCGCGCGGCCAUCGGCGUGCUCGGCGCUAUCCCGCCGUUGCUGGAGCUGUUCUCGAGCGGCGGGGCCGGCCACCGCGCGCGCCGCGAGGCCGGCAUGGCGCUGUACCACGUCUCCCUCGCCGGGAUGAACCGGUCCAAGAUCGCGCGCACGCCGGGGGUCGUGCGGACGCUGCUCGCCACGGCGGAGGCACGGGACCGCGGGAACGACUCCGACGCCGACGCCGCGGCGCUGCGGAAGCUCGCAGUGAUGAUCCUGGCCAACCUCGCCGGCUGCCCGGAAGGGAGGGCCGCCCUGAUGGACGGCGGCGCGGUGGCCGCGAUCGUGGGGCUCAUGCGCAGCGGCUCGGCCGCGCCGGGCAGCGCGGAGGAGGAGUACUGCAUAUCGGCAUUGUACGGGAUGAGCCGGGGCAGCCUGAGGUUCCGCGGGCUCGCGCGCGCGGCGGGCGUCGAGGCGGCGCUGAUGCCGGUGGCCGAGAGCGACGGCGGGGUCGGGCGCGACAUGGCGCGGCGCACGCUCCGGGCGAUGCGCGGGGAGGACGACGAGGUGGCGCUGACGGCCUCCGGGAUACUGGGGAGGGAGUGGGACGACGCGAGCGUGGUGUCGGAGGGGAUGGUGUCGCUCCGGCGGCCGCAGCACCACCGGAGCAACUACGCCGGGCCGUCCGGGUCAAACACGACCCAGUUCUGA